GGUGGUCGUGUGGAGAGGAGGCACAAGACAUCCGCCCAUGAGAGACCUGCACCCCCAGUGACACAUACCAAAGAAUUCCGUUGAAAGUACCUGGUCGGUCAGAAGUGAGAGUGGAAGGAUACACAAGUUAAAAGAAACACGAUGGUCCCUCUGCGAAGAGGAGCGCGCGCGCGUCUCCCCGCUUCAGCACUCUGGACAGCUCUCCACCAACUUGGAAACCGCAAGGCUUGUAGAAGUUACGUUCUGGAAUGAGGACCCAUUGGAUGUGAAAGACGGUGGAACCAUGGUGGAUAUUACGCGUAUAUUAUCUACGGGCGCAUUUAAAACGCUGGUCGAGUUUUACAAGUGAGACAUGGACUUUGCGGAAAGUAUAUUCGCGUUGUUCAUUGUUGUGAUCGCAAUUGUCUCGUUGUUGUCGAACUUGCUGGUGCUGCUAUGUUUCGUCCAGAGCACCGAGAUCCGCAGACAGGUGCCCGGUAUAUUCACCAUGAACCUGUCUUUCUGCAACAUACUUAUCACCCUUUUAAACAUGCCAUCGACAUUGAUGGGGAUUAUCAGGAACCAGCAGCCUUUUGGGGAUUGUCUUUGCCAUACAGUGAGCUUUCUGGAGACCUUUCUGACUGCGAACACCAUGUUGAGUAUGGCAGCACUUAGUAUAGACCGGUGGAUAGCGGUGGUCUUCCCCUUAAGUUACUCCAGUAAAAUGCGCUACAAGGACGCGGUGAUCAUGAUGUGCUACUCGUGGCUCCACUCCCUUGCGUUUUCUGUCAUCGCGCUCCUUUUCUCCUGGGUUGACUAUAGCCACAUUUACGCCUCGUGCACAUUGCAUUUGAGCGAGGAGGGCGACAGGAUAAAGUUUACAAUUUUCACGGUCGUUUUCCAUGCCACUAGUUUCAUGCUCUCCCUGUUAAUUCUGUGCUUCACCUAUUUCAAGGUGUUAAAAGUUGCACGUUUUCACUGCAAGAGGAUUGACAUUAUAACAAUGCAGACCUUGUUCUUGCUAGUGGAUAUUCAUCCAACUGUGAAACAAAGAUGUCUCGUGGAGCAAAAGAGGAGGAAACAGAGAGCAACCAAGAAGAUCAGCAUUUUCAUCGGGUCGUUCAUCAUUUGUUUCGCUCCUUAUGUUAUUACGAGGCUGACUGAGCUAAUUCCCGUCGUGGGCAUUAACCGCCACUGGGGGAUCGUCAGUAAGUGCCUGACCUACGGCAAGGCCGCCUCCGACCCCUUCGCCUACUCCCUCCUGCGUCAGCAGUACAAGAAGGUCCUGGUCACCAUCGUGAACCGUCUGCUCCGCCGCGACCUCUACCCCUCGUCGGGCCACAACAGCUCUCUGGACACGGAGAACGACUACUCCCUGCAGAGGAUCAGCUAACCGCGUCGUAACCGACGUGACAGACAUAGCGCCGGACAGACAGAGCCAAGACACAGGUUUCCGUUGUGGGGAGGGUUUAGGAGGUGAAAGAGCAGGAGGGAUGAGGAGGAGGGAUAGCGAGAAUGAGAAAGGGAGAGAC